CCGCGACAGUCCACUCAGUACUGUAAUCAUAUGAUAAGGGAGCGGAUCCACAACGCGGAGCACCGACACACCGGACGAGCGAAGCAGGGCACGCGGGCCAGGGGGGACGGCGGUAUUCCUGCAUCUGCCGAAGAAGUCGGUUAACGUGUCAAAGAAGAGCUGAACUGCCCCCCGUGACGGAACUUUUACAAACUCUGGAGAGAGCAGAGCAGAGGGGCGGGAGGGGGGACCGUGUUUGGGAGGAAGAACGGGUCUCACUAACCGAAGGACAGUCCACUAAACCGGCGCGGAGGAGUUGAGUUCACCCGUAAGUCAGCGGCGGUCUGCGGGUCGCGGAGUCCCCCGGGGAUCCUUGCGCCGCCACUUUGGGAUUUUUUUUUCCUCUUUCUUCUCCUUCAGUUUUUUUUCUUCAAAGAAAACAGUUAUUUUGUUCUUAGCUAGGAAACUCGAACCCCAAAAAGCCAUGGUUGGAGAAACGGAGGUGAAGGAGAGACCCAAGUCCAACCCGGACUAUUUAAUGCAGCUGAUGAACGACAGGAAGGUGAUGAGCUCACUGCCCAACUUCAGCGGCAUCUUCACGCAUCUGGAGCGGCUGCUGGAUGAAGAAAUUGGCAGGGUGCGCAAAGACAUGUACAACGACACGCUGAACGGCGGCAUGUUCAACGGGCGCGACAUGGAGGAGCUUCCUGAAGCCAUCGGGCCUGUGGCUCAGCUGCAGGAGAAACUCUACGUCCCAGUCAAAGAGUACCCUGAUUUCAACUUCGUAGGGAGGAUCCUGGGCCCGCGUGGACUGACGGCCAAACAACUGGAGGCCGAGACCGGCUGCAAGAUCAUGGUGCGAGGAAAAGGCUCCAUGAGAGACAAGAAGAAGGAGGAGAUGAACCGGGGUAAGCCCAACUGGGAGCACCUCAACGAGGACCUCCACGUCCUGAUCACAGUGGAGGACACGCACAACCGUGCCAAGAUCAAGCUCCAGCGGGCCAUCAACGAGGUCAAGAAACUCCUCGUACCCGCUGCCGAGGGGGAGGACAACCUGAAGAAAAUGCAGCUGAUGGAGCUGGCCAUUCUCAACGGGACCUAUAGAGACGCCAAUGUCAAGACGCCGACCGCCACCUUCCCUCUAGGGACUCCUCAGGCGCCUCGGAUCAUCACAGGCCCAACACCCGUCCUGCCUCCAUCCCUGCGCAACCCCGCCCCAGUCACCACGCCCACAAUUAUGCCCCUGAUUCGCCAGAUCCAGAGCUCCGCCCUUGUUCCAGGAGCCAGUCCACACCCGGCACUGAUGCAGCAGGGGCCUGAAUCUGGAAUCAUCUACACCCCCUAUGAGUACCCGUACACACUUACACCCUCCAUACUGGAAUACCCGAUCGACUCAACUGGAGUUUUAGGUAUGGCUUUUCCCACCAAAGGCUAAGCAACAGCAUCUAUCCCUAGCACACACAUGGACUGGCUUGCAAAGACACCCCCUUGUGCCUCUGCCCUACCCCCCCCCAACCAACCACACAAACACAAACACACAAACACACUUUUCCCUCAGAGCAAACAGUUUGCUUCCUCCUUAGGAUGACAGAUUUCCUCAGCAGUCAUUCUGUAGUCGAGUGUCCAUUCCUGUUCGUUUCCUCUUUGUAUUAGCAGACUAGCGUUGUGGUGUGACAGCGACUUUAACGUUUUGUUUUUUUAAUAAUUCAGCUUCUGCUUGUAAUUUUUAACACGUUAUAGUAAACCCAUAGAUAUUUUAGAAGAGCUGCUGUUUGCGACUUAACAUACGAUGAAGCUUAUUUUGAUCACAGAGCUAUAGAGUGACUUUGCUUACAGCUGAUGUUGAUGCUUAGUGAGAAAUUAGUGGUUUGAAUUAUUUUAGAGAGCAGAAGACCACAGAACAACAAUUCUGUCCUUUAGAAGUGGGGAGUUUUUUUGUUUCUUUGUUUGUUUCCGAACACCUUCCAGUCAUUUCUGGUGUCACUGAUGUUGGUACCAUGGGUGGACUGUGAUGUCUUUCUGAUGAGUAACCUUCUGUGUUCUGUUUUGGGAUUGUUAAUGGCUGUUAGCAGGUGCCAUGACCACUAAGGUACGACGCCACGACAAGAGAAUCCAUCCUUACCAAAGGGUAGUGACCACAGACAGAGGUUAGUUAGCUCACCAGCCACCGUAUGUGUGUGUGUGUGUGUGUAAAUGUGCGUUCUCCUGCGUGUGUGUGUGUGUGCAUGCAGACCCGGCGGACCAAUUUCAGUUUGUGUGUAACGCGGCAUUCCUAAACGAGAGAUAACUCAAUCGAGCAAAAUGUGAAGCAGGACUUGUUGCAGAGGAAUCAGAGAGGGAGAAGCGGGGAGGAACCACCGUGGGUAAAGAAUGUUUACCCUCUCGUUUUGAAUAGACGGGUCUGUUCAUGUGACCCCCGUCCCUCGUGACUUCUGGAGCCCUCCCUUGAAAACCAUAUGUCGCUGUUUAUCUCCUCAGUACUACUCCUUACCACAUAAAUACUGCAGGAAGUUGUAUUUACACUCAUGAGACAGGACGUUCCUUUUUAAAAUACUUCCUUAAAAUCUUUCUUAAGCCCACUUAUUUCAUGACACGAAAGCAAAGCGAUGAUUGUCUCUUUCUAAAGGUCAUUGAAUUGAUUCUGAUCUUUAGGUUUCACUACUAAAACACAGCGUGUGAUAACUACUGAAGUCUGUGUUACAAGCUCUUUUGUAUGAAUACUGUUGUUUGUGGUCUUAUCAGUCGCCCACUGGACUUUAUCAUUGGGGCUGUUUACAUAUUUCAUUUAUUUCCUAGCCAGAGUGGUGCUGUUACCAUGUAUUUAGCUGCAAAAAGACAUUUGUAUAUAGGGAAUUUAAGUGCUUAUAUAAAGCUUAUGGAAAAAGAUCGCUUGGAAAUAGUUUUUCUUUUUAGCUUUCAAAUUUUUAUUUUUGUUUUUAUGAUAUGCUUUUUAUAGAUAAAGUGUCUCCAUAUAAGAUUUAUUCAAAGUGUGUAGCCACGACUGUUUUAGCCACCCCCCCCAAAGGUGGCAAUGAAGGCAGUGUUUUUGCUCUGUGUAUUUAAGACGAGGCCACCCUCUCGAUUCACGGGCCUUGUGACUGUUAUAUGCAACAGAAUGGACUAGUUAGCUGCAAUAUAUGUGUGUGAGCGUUGGUGCUCUUGUUGUACACAAUGGAAAAAAAAAAGAACACUAAAAGGCAAUAAAGAUAAGUAUUGAAAAAAAAGUUC